GAUGACGCAAGCACGUCUGCAGCCUAGCAGCAGAAAAGACGGCGUAAACAAAGAAGACGGCUAAAAAAUAGCUUACGCUAAGUCGCUAAUGUUUCGUGAGUAAAAUAUUUACUGUAGCCGCAUUCGCUACAUAUAUGAAACUUGUUUUAGCUUAAAGGUGAGCACCUUUUUUAUGGGUAUGGUUACGCACUGACUGAUGUGCUGAGAUUGGGACUAAACGAGCUCACACGUUACCGUUAUCGCUAGCUACACUAGCAUUAGUUAACCUCGGGUAACGGGACACGGAUUUUGCAUCUCUGGAAACCUUAAAUAACGUUCAUUGACUGUACAUGACACUAGAUUCAUCGGUGGUGGUUACGCUGACCAUUUCACGGCCUUUUAACGUUGAUGCUAUCAUGAGUUAGCUCGCAAUGUAGCUAAUUUGGACUAAGAGUUGAUCAGCUCUUUAGACAGGCUUGGGUAGUGGGGUGACGUUCCUGGCUAGAUGACCACUUGAUUGCAGUUGUCUCCACUCGGACUGCAAUGUUUAGCCUGAUGGCGAAUUGUUGCAACUGGCUGAAACGCUGGCGAGAGCCUGCAAGGAAGGUGACUCUGGUCAUGGUGGGCCUGGAUAAUGCAGGGAAGACAGCCACAGUACGAGGAAUCCAAGGAGACAAUCCACAGGACGUGGCUCCCACAGUGGGAUUUUCCAAGGUUGACCUGAAGCAGGGCAAAUUCGAGGUGACCAUCUUUGACCUGGGUGGUGGGAAGAGAAUCCGGGGCAUCUGGAAGAACUACUACUCAGAGUCGCAUGGCGUGGUCUUUGUGGUGGACUCCAGCGAUGUCCAGAGGAUCCAGGAGACACGGGAGACCAUGGCCGAAGUCCUGCAGCACCCGCGCAUCGCAGGGAAACCUGUGCUAGUGCUUGCCAACAAACAAGACCAAGAGGGAGCGCUGGCUGAGGCAGACAUCAUUGAGAACCUUUCAUUGGAGAAGCUCGUCAACGAGAACAAGUGUCUCUGUCAGAUCGAGCCAUGUUCUGCUGUUCUUGGCUACGGCAAAAAGGUCGACAAGUCCAUCAGGAAGGGCCUGAAGUGGCUUCUCAACAACAUCGCCAAAGACUACGAGGCAAUCACUGAGCGCGUGCAGAAGGACACGGCUGAGCAGCGCGCUCAGGAGGAGCAAGACAAGAAGGCGAGGGCGGAGAGAGUGCGGCGGAUACGAGAGGAGAGAGAACGGCAGGAGCGGGAAGAGGCAGAACGUGAGGGCAGGCAGAUCCAGGAAGAGGAGCCCGAUGACGAAAACAUGCCCAGCCCCUUCCAGCCAAUCAGCAACGUGAUCUCUGAGAACCAGGAGAAAGAAAAGGAGAGGAAGAGACAAAGAGAGCCGCAGGAGGCCGGAGCCGACAGCCUGAAUGUUGAUCAAGAGGAAGAGGAGUAUGAGGACGACGAAGAGCCAGACGACACAAGACAAACUCCAGAAAAUGGUAGUUCAGCCACAACAGGUGAGCAAGACAAAAAGAAGACAAGGAAGCUGCACCUGAAGAGGAAGCACAGGGUGGACCCGCUGAGGACGGAGGACGGGCCAGCAGAGAGCCCCACCCCCCCGCCUGCUCCAGUUGGAUGGGCCACACCAAAAGUUUCUAGGCUGCCAAAACUAGAGCCUCUCGGGGAUUCGAGACAUUCUGAGUUUUACAAGAAGCCUCUCCCGCCUGUUGCGAACAGGCCGCGGCCUAACGGCGACGCGCACGACAUCAUUUUUUAACCUUCCUUUACUGAUUGAGGUCCUCCAAUCACGGCUCUCCCCCUUUCUUGCUUUGUGUCUCAAGUGAGCAGCGUGUAGACCACCAAACACAGAGACGCUGCAGACGGCGUGGGAGCUGGUGAGAUAUGGGAGGGUGACGGGACACGAAACACAGGAGCAUCAUGGGAAAUGAAGUCCCGCUCGGAAGCUUUUGUAUGGUUUCACAAGCUGACGAACCUGCCGGAACUGUUUUAACAUCAGGUUCUGUCUCAACAAAAGCACAUUUUGUGCUGAACUUUUUCCAAAACUGUACACUGAUACAUUAGUUGUUAUUGUUAAUAUCAGUGUUAGAUUGUAUGGACUCUAUUUGUCCAUCUGAAAUGCUUUUAAUUCACAGAGGAUGUAAAUACGUCCAUCAUAUCCUUACAUGCGUCUGUCUGUCUGAAUAAUGGAUUUAUAUGCACACCAGCAUUAAAAAAAAGAGACCAUAUGUCAUUCAUUUAUUUUUGCACCUCAGAUUCUGUGUCAUAAGCAAAUGUGUAUAUGAUACGAAGUGUCUUUUAAAUUUGACAUAAGUCAGAAACAUAUUUCAGUGAACCACAAAUGAGGACGAGUCCCCUCUCUUGGGUGGAGGUGGAGGAAGCUGGAUGGAAACAGCUGAAUUAUGGGUGUGAUUUCCUACAUUAUGCUGUGCUGCAUAUAGAAAAGUGUCACUCUGCAUCAUGACUGCAUGAAUUUACUGACUUUUCACUUAAAUACUCUAAAAGAUUUUAUGGCCAUGAAAAGAAAAAGACUGAUUGCCAGCACCAUCAUCAAGGAUCGUUUUAUUUAUUGCUAAAAAUGUAAACAUAUGAAAAUAUAUUUGUCAUUAUUUGUCUACAGGGCUAUAGACUUUUUUUUUUUUACACAUUCUGCUGUUUACACUGUGCAUGUGUUUUUAAAGUGAUAUUUCUCCUGAGGCCUCAGACUUGCUGCCUCUCAGGUGGCCCUGAGGUGUGAACCAGCACUGCUGCUUCUGCUGCUGCUGCUGCUCCAGCUUUUCUCACUGCGUCUGCUGCACCCAUUUUAUCUUUGCUUAAAAUAAAAUAAUUUAAAAAAAAAACUGCUAAAAUUGCAUCUCCAAAAAGCACAAACCUGGAGAAAGAAACUUGGUACACUCCAAUGCCCCAGAUAAGUUUGUGUGUUUGAAGAGUUUACAGUUGGAUGAUGAUGGGGGAGAAGAAACAUUGACUACGCCAACACCUGGAACAGACAAUAUCGGGUCAGAACACAUGAGAGCAGCAGAAGUAAGCACAUGAAAUGUCACUUUAAAACUACGAUGUUAUACUUCAGUAGUACAACACUCGCUCUCUUCUGUAUGAGGUCGUUACGAGGGAAAAAGAAUAUUUUUUCUACCCAGUUUGACUUUUAUAACCGCACAAUUAAAGAUGUUUGAAAUACA